UGACAGUGCUAAAUGAAUGGUGACUGGCACUGAUUCUGAUUAGUGCUGACUUUACUAUGUUACUCCUGUUCUCUAUAGUUAUUAAAAAUAAUACAAUCUAGUAUACACUUUACCUUUCGUAAUAUUUUCAUUGAAUAUUAUUUUAAAAUAAUUAGAAUAUGUUUAUUGGGCUUACUAAGUAGAUUUCUAUGGCUUGUGAUGUAUCGUGAUCUGUUUAUUUUAACAAUUAUUCUACAAAUAUUGGUCGCUGUAUAAGAUGUAACCAAAUUUUCACAAAUUCCACGUCGAGACAUGGGUUCCAGAUUAAGAGACACGGUUCGCUUCCUUUUUGAACUGUAUUGUGAAGUGUCACCUGGUGAUCAAGUGAGGGAGCCAUAUAUUAUUAGAAAAUAUCCUGAGUCAUACAAAAAUGAAGAAGAGUUAAAGAAUCUACCAAAAUUUACAUUCCCAUGUCAAAUUGAAGAACCAUUUGUACAACUUUAUUCGUUUGUAUUAACAUCAAUGGAUUCCAAAUAUACAUUUUGUUUUUGUCGAUAUGAUCCGAAGGCGAAAGCAGCGUUGGUCCUGUUAUCCCAUUUACCAUGGCAUGAUAUAUUUUAUAAGUUACUGAAUUGUAUAGCCAAUUUACUGAAUAGUCCUGAACGAGGGGAAUUGACAUACUUUUUAGAGUCAUGUCGCUCCCGGCCCCCCAUGCCUGGUCAUACGCUCAAAGUUACAUAUAAUGCUGGCCACAGUGUAUUCACGUGCCAAAGCCCAGACGCCAAACUACCCAGCAUUCCAGAAAAUAAUAAUUUAACAGAAUAUUUUAGCGCCCUGGACCCAAAAAGUAUGAUUGGGUUGUGGGCAGCUUUGCUCAAUGAACGUCGUGUGGCUAUCGUGGCAUCAAAACCGUCCCGGUUGUCGGCUUGCGUCCAAGCGGCCAACGCUACAUUGUUUCCCAUGUCUUGGCAACACAUAUUCAUACCAAUACUACCAAAACAUCUUGUUGAUUACUUAUUGGCGCCUAUGCCUUUUCUUAUUGGAGUUCCUAAAUCCGUUAUGGAGUCUGUGAGAAUGUCUGAAAUAGGAGAUGUUGUCAUAGUAGAUGUAGAUACAAAUGAGCUUAGAACGCCCUUCCAUGAUGUAGAAAGUCUUCCUCCAGAAUUGGUAACGAGCUUAAAAAAAGCUUUAAGUGACAAAAAUGCGCUGGGCGAUGCGGUCUCGAGGGCAUUCUUACGUGCGCUUGUAUGUCUUAUAGGUGGCUAUCGUGAUGCUAUCAAAAUUGAAAAUGGCCAGUUGAUUACCUUCAAUGCAGAGGCUUUUGUGAGAACUAGAAAAAACAUGCAACACUUUCUUAGAAAAAUACUCCAAUCUCAAAUAUUUCAGCAGUUUAUUGAUGAAAGACUGGGUCUACUUAAUUCAGGACGAGGUUUCAGUGAUGAGUUUGAGAUUGAAUGUAAUCAUUAUGCUGACAAGUUGAAUACGGGCAGUGGGCAGAGGCUAAAACAACAAUACCGGGACUGGGCUAAGACGGUCAAGAAAGAAGGUGGUGCUUUUUUCAAAACUGUCAAAGAUAAGGCGAACCCAGCAGUACAAUCGGCUGUGAAAACGGUCCGGCAAGGUGGUAAAAAUAUGAAAUCGGCUGUGAAAGGUUUAAAAAGUAAAAUACCCAAAACUGGAUCGCGGCCGUCCUCAAUAAAUACAACAGACGAUAGCAGGUUUUCAUGUGGUUCAGCAACGCCAGUGUCCUCUGACUCAUCUGACUCAUCGCCGUCACAUGAUCCUCCGCCGCGGGAGCCGCCGCCGCCCCUUCCACUCGAUCUUCUCACUGAAAUGGAGUUCCUCUUCGACAACAAGAACGCACAACGACGGGAUAGUUUCCCAAACAGCUCGCACAAUUCAGAAAUAAGCCUGCCCGAUAAGGCGAAAACACUGUCACCAUGCCUCCCACCCCGGUUACCGGAACGUCCCCACCCCCCACUCCGUUACCCAAUAAUUUCCACGAGGAAACUUAUCGAUUUGUCUGAUGCGCCGGUACCGCCGCCGCGGGCCAUCCCGCCACCGAAUCACAGCUCCAAUUUUGUGAGAAACAUUACAAAAAAUACAGUGAAACCGGAAACGGACUUUCACACAAGCGCUAUACGGUUCACGGAAGGCAAAGAUAAGGCUAAGCUAAAACUGACCAUGUCAUCGAAUCAGAGAAAGGUGUCGCAACCGAACCCGCUGCCGUGCAACGGCAACGCGCGCAAUGCUACGGCGCCCUCUGUAGACAGUAGGCAGAGUCAGGACAAUAGGUUAGCGGGGGCUCUAACCCAACCGGCAGUCAACGCCACUCCGAAAUGGAAAGCUCAAGAGCCGUGUGGCUCUGUAACUGAUCUCAUAAAAUUGGAUGAUUCGCCAACGUGUCUAGAAGAUUUCGAUCCUCUCAAGUGUCGCGAUAAGAAUGUUGAACAAAUCAAGUCGUCUACGGACAGUGCGCUAUUGCAUGAGUAUGGACUAGACUUUAGUCAAUUCGCCUUCGAGUUUCCAGCCAGUUCGAGUACUAGUGCCCGGUCCGACACGGGUAGUGCCCUACCUAAGGGUUGGACUACAUUCAAUUAAUGACAACACGCGUUCUCACGUUCUCUCUACUUAUUGUAAAAAAAUCUAUUUGUAUAGUUCGCGCAUUUUACAUAUAUUUUAUAUAACGCUUUAUAAUUUAGUUAGAGUGUGGUUAUUUAUUCAAUGUAGCGGUUAUAAUAAGUUACGCUGUUAUUAUAUAAUUAAAGUUUUGUAUAUAGUGUUACAUAUCAAUGAAUGUAUAUUGUCACUAAAAUUUAAUCAUCGACGAUAUUUGUAUAUGUGUUGUAGGAUAAAAUAAGUGGUAAGACAUUGUUGUAUAUGAAAUGAAUCAGUAUAAAUCACCAGGCCAAUCCUUGGAGCUAAAAUGAGUCGUUCUCUAUUUAUUUGUUUUAUUUUGAAAUUAAAUUUCUAUUCGUUAUGUGAACAAGACCAAAAAGUUUUUAGUAACGAAUUAUUUAUUUUAGACGUUUAUUUAUUUUUUUAUUAUUCAUACUCAUGAAUUUCGUAAUAUAUGAAGUUGGCGGCAAACAAUUUGAGCAAAAUCAUAGACAAUGAAGCUAGUCUAGUAAACACGCGCGUAUAAUUACUACGUAUUCUUAGUGCGGUAUAGAGCAGUGCAGGUGUCAGUUGACAAGUUUCACUAUAAAAGAACUGUACCUAAUGAGUUAUUGGAGUCUAAAGACAAUAUAAUAAUCACAGGGCCGUAGUUAGACCCUUGUUUAAAGUAGGGCAAAAGAACUUUUUGGUAGAACAAAAGCCAUAAUUAAGUGAUUUGGAAAAAGAGAAUCUGUCUAAUCUUGAGGCGUUUCAUUUUAUGGUAGGGCAUUAGGCCUUAUAAGGUAGGGGAUUUCCCCCUAAUGUGUCUCCCCCUUGCUACGGCCAUAAAUAAUCAUAAAUUAUACUUUGAUAUUUUCUCAUUACGUAAUGUUGAGGUCGUGUAUUACGUUUUAGUAAUAUUUUUCUAUAGUCGAGUAACAUGUCACACUCAGCUUACGAUAAUGCCUAGAGCAUUAUCUAUCGGUAACGUGGCAUAAAAAUUCUGUUUGUUUUCCAAUGUGUUAAAUGUAUUUUGAAGAGUAUUUAUUUGAUGAAUAUACGUAAUUUUGUUUUCGUCUUUUAAGUAGAUUUAGGAAUUAUAUUUACUUUCACGACUGCGUUGUCAUAAUAUAAAGAUGAUCUAACAUCACUAAAAAAAUUAUAGGAAAUAUUUUUUUUUUAUUGGACUAUGAGUUAAGAUUUAAAUUAAUAUAAUAGGGUUCACCAAAAUAUCUUAAAAAAUAUGCAAUAAUGGUUCUGAAAUGAAAUUUUUAUGUGUUAAAACUAAAAUAUAUUGGUAUCCAUUCAGCUGUUCAAUUAUAAAUUGAAUGGUAUGACUAGUGUUUUGGGUCCUAUAUUUUAUUUGCCUCACACUGAGGUAUAAAAACGAGAUAUAUUAAAAAUUAUAAAAUUUUAGUUCUUAGGAUUAGCCUAAAGUGAAAUGAAUCAUUUAUGUAAUACAAAUAGACAUAAUGAUUCAAUUAUUUCUAGUUCUUCCUAUAAUAAUAUAUGUUUGUUUAUGUUUUUUUUUUUAAUUUUUACAAAUUCGACAUAUGAAAUUAAAUAUUAUUUUUCUUAUUUGUCAUUUUUAAUAAGUAAAUCAUUUUGACAAAUAUAGAAAUGUUAUAAAAAUAUGAAAAUUAUAUCUUAAUAAUUGUUGGGCGAUCGGAAAAAAUUCAAGACGGGCAAGAAGUGAAGUGAAUUGCCAAAUGUCUAAUUUUAAAUGUUUAACUUUGGCGUGUCUUUUUAGACAUUAAAAUGAUAAUGUGAAAAUCUGUUUAUUCUAGUAACUUGUUCAUUUUAUGUAUACUGAGAUAGCAUGAUUGUUUAUUAAAAUUGACAAGUAAGGAAAACGUCAGAGUAGGUACUCGCAUUACCUAUUUGGGCUUCGGUAAUUGCCUAUAUAAUACGAAAAGUAAAAAUUGAAUAUACUAUUUAGACGUUAAGAUAUUUCAAAGAUAGCUCAACUAUUUUUUAACCCCGUAUUCAUGUCUUUAAAAGUACAAUUAGCUAUUUAUAAUAAAUCAAAUUAUUUUGUUUACAUUUUACUCAAUAUCCAAAUGUUUUAUGUUAAUAAUAAUAAUAAUAUAUAUGUAUGAUAUAAACUACAUUUUCCACAUGGUGCUGUGAGGGGCCUAAGUAUGAUCUCACCAAAGUUUCCCCGAGUUCAUUUAUUUUAAAAUUUACAUACUACUAAGUAUUAUUUAAAAUAAGUAAUUUUUCAUACUUGGCGUAUUUAUUAAGUAAUAUGGCGUAUCUGGUUUAAAUGAAUCACUUAAUAGACAAAAAAAAAGAAGAUAUAUACGUACAUUAAACAUUUAAUAGACAAAAAAGAUAUAUACGUACUUGACAAUACAUAAUCGAUACACGGGGAUCCUUAAAGUAGCAAUAUCUUCAGGGUCGGCAAUGUGCACGUAAUAUCCUUGAUAUUGCAAGCGUUCAUAGACUAUGGUAAUUGUUUAUCAUCUGGUUGGAUGUAUGCUCAUUACUAGCUCAACUUAUUUAUUUUUUAAUAUAUAAUAAUAUUUCUUUAUGUACUGUUGUUUCGAUAAGUAAUAUAUCAAGUUUGGUUUCCAAGUAUACCAUAGUAUAAGAAAAAAGUUAUACAGGAGUAGUUGUAAAGGUAUAUCAAUCCUAAACUUUUAAAGACUCGCCGGAUUUCCCUAUGAAAAAUGCAAUUGUUACAUCUUAUAAACAGCAUUUCCUUUUUAUUUAUUAGCAGUAUUAUAUUUUCACACUUAGGUGCGUAUAAAUAAGGUAUUGAAUGUUUAAACAUUCAGUCUCAAUAUGGAAAUAUCACACGCCAACCAACAGUAAGCGGAUUGUUUUUGGGAGGUUUAAUGCCACUUCAUGCUCUAUCUAAAUACAUAUGAUCUAGAUUCAUAAAACACAUUUCUCACCUAAAUAGAAUGACGAUCAGUUGAGCAAUUUAUAUGAAACCAUUGAUCCGGCAGACAUUAUUUUACCCUCUAUGACCACCUAUCUAUUCAUCUAUCUAUCUAUCUAUCACUAGCUAUCCUAUUUCAAGUCGAAACAAAUAAUACAUAUUUACAAAUUUACAUUACAAUUGUUUACGCAUUUGGGGAUUAGCGUGAACGAAUAUUAUGAUAUUUUUAUGUGUGAAGAUAUCGAAAAAAGAACAUAAUUGUAGUUGUGCGUUUGUCCGCGUGAAUAAAUAAUAAUAUGUUAAUCUAUAUAUCAGAUUCCUCUCUUCAUGAUUUUUACGAUUGAGACUGUAUGCGACUGUAUGCGGUACGAAUUGUUACCUCUAUUUAUCAUUUUGAUAUGUAAAUGACUCGGAUGGAACUUGUGAGAUGUUCAAUGGUCAAGCGAUGAAGUAUAUUUUAAAAUUAAUAUAUUGUAGAAGCUACAUAAUAACAUAAUGGUGUCAUAGCAACUGUGUAUACAAUUCGACAAGUGCAUUUCACUCGGUUACUGUGUGCCUAAUACACUUUGUUCAAGUAUUGCAUAAUAAAUUGGAAAUAUAAAACGACUAUUAAGCGCGAAUGUCCUCUAACACGCAUUAAAUUUUACAGAAAAAAAUAUGAAUUUAUUCCAAAAAUGUUUUAGUAUCCAAUUUUAAUAUAUGGAUGUAAAAUUUCUUUCUCUAUAUAACAGAAAACAGUUAAGUUUAAAAAGAAAAUUACAGAUACUCGCUUAUGACAGAUGCUAGUUAGUGGGUAUUGGUGGUUAAUUAUCAAAAAGCUAACAAUGAAAUAUAAAUUAAUACUGGUGAUUUUAUUUGGAAGCUUCAAAUAAAUAACUGUGACGAUUUGUGCAAGUACGUAGAUAGUUUCUGUAAAUGUAAAGCCAUAUACGAUGUUAACAAUAUGAUGCAAUAUUUCAGUAAUGGACUUGAAAUAAGUCUGAUGUUCGGUACGAUUUUAUCAAUUGGACGAUGAAAAUAAAAUAAUUACAUAUUGUAAUGCAUAUUCAUUUUAUGAUAUUGAACCUACAAUUUGAAAUAUUCUAAAAAAAAUAAGUAACAUCGUAAUAUUAAUUACUUACUCCAGAUAUAUUAAAUUUUUACAGCAAUAUUUAAAAAAUACUAAACUAUAGCUCAGACAAAUCUAAUUUGCAUUGAGUUUAUAAGAUAAAAAAAAUUUUGAUAUAAUUUAUUAUGUUCUUCUUAUUGAUCAAUUAAAACGUACUGAAGUAAAGUCUUUAUUAAAUAAUAAAGUGAUUAAUUCGUUUAGCUCAAGAUAAUCCAGAAGCCUAUUGCUUUAGGGCUAUUAUCACAGGUAUAAUUAGAUACUGGCGAGAUCAAAUACAUUUUUGUAUAACUAUAUAUUUAUAUAUAUUAUCAUUCAACAUCCAUAUUACAUCCUAAAGCGGUAUGUUACACUAUCAUAUAUGUAGAAUCGUAUCUAUUUUUUUCUUACUAAGUUUGUGAUAUCUUUUAGAAUCUGUUGAGAUCAUGUUUUUGUUGAGUCAGUAUUUAGAAUUUUAAAAUAUACUAUUGCUUUCCUAAUAUUUGAUGGUGUAAUAUACCACUUAUAUGUCUAUAAUUAAUAAUUGUGUCUAUUUGAGUUAGUAGUCCCCCUAGAUAAGGUACAGACGAAUCUAUCUAUAGAAUCGUUUCAGUUAGCGCUCACAUGAGAAGGAAAAGGCAGCGCACGUCGCCAUCUCAUUCUAUCUAAUGGACUCGCUAGCGAUAACUUUUCUGUGAAUAGAUUGGUUUGUACUUGGUCUGGGGAAGGGGAGGUCAGACAGAGAGAGAGGUAUAGACAGAGUAACACUCUAUCGCGUGCUUUGAUAAUUUACCGUGGCGUGUUACAGCUCAGGACUUUUUUUAUCACAUUAUUAUAAAAAAGUAUUAUAUAUGUACUACGAAUUAUAUUUUUGUUCGUAGAUGCAUUUGCAUAUAAGCGUGCCGUAUUGUGGCUACGGUCAUUUAUGAAAGGACUCGUUAACGAUGUUGUUCGUUAAUAGAGAAGCGCAAAACGUAUGGAACUUUGAAUUUAUAACCAUUAAUACUAUUUACAUAAUAACUGUAAAUAACUUACAUUUUGCACUUCCCUAUAGUAGAAUAUUUUGUCUGUAGGCCCAGAGCUAUGGUGCAUACGCUAUUAUUCUAACCCUGCUAUUUUUUUAUUAGAAAUUAUAUAUGACUAUUAAAUAAAAUAUAUAUAAUAUAAUGCAUGGUAAUCAGUUUAUCUAAAGUAUAUAUUAUUAUAUAUUGUAUGUGCUACCGUCACGAUGAAGCUAUUAAUAAGAUUGCGUUGUAUCGCUUCGUGAUAUUGGGACUUUGUAGUCAAUUUACGCGACCGAUAUGUACCUGAGGAAAAUGAAGAAAUUGCAUUAUGACA